UCAAAAGGUCAUAGAGACAAUGAUGACAUCACAACAUUUCCCCUGACUCAUGGGAGGUACAGAGUCACCAGCUGUGGACACCAAACUCUGAAGAUCAUAUAUUACCAAGCUACAAAAAAGACAGCGAGUGUAAUGAAGGAAGAUGUUAAGGUCCCGGCUGCACAAUGUCUCAGUGAAAGGCAGCAACAGCAAAGCACUUUUCGACAGGGAUAUGGGACCUUUGCAGAGUCAGCUGUGCCAGGGGGAAUAUGCCUUACUCAAGCUUGCCCCUAUGUUGGAAAGCGAAUUUGUACAGAUUAGCAAGCGAGGGGAGGUGAUCGAUGUUCACAACCAAGUGCAGACUGUAACAGUUGGAGUUGCCUGCACCAGCCCCAACCUCAAGGUCCCCAACAUCUUGCUUCUGGCUCGCCCCAUCUUGUCCCCGGAAGAGCCCCUGCCAAAGUUGAAGUCUUUCCUCCACCCUCGUGCACCACCCAAGAAAUAUGAACUCACCCGGCUUCUCCCUCUGAGCUUUGUCAAGAUCUCAGUGCAUAAUGUAGAGAAGAAGCAGCUACGAUUCAAGCUGGCAAGUGGUCGAACUUUCUACUUGCAGCUCUGUCCCCAGCCAGGUGUACAGGAGGAUGUUUUUGGACUAUGGGUCAAGGUAGUCAACAUGCUGCGACCUGCCUCAGACACAAGAUCUGAGCUGAAACACAAAGUCAAAGAUCCUGGGGGGCAAGAGGAACUGCCACCCCAAGAGCCACAGUCACCUUUUCCCUAUUUCCCCCCGAGCCCACCUGGAUCCAUAAACCUGGAAGAAACAGUGAGCAUCCGGAGUGUAUAUUCACCUGAACUGCCCAGCCCUGUACCGGAAGACACUCGGAGCAGGCAGAGUGCAGCUUUGUCCAUGGCAAGCCAGCCCAGUUACCAUCCUCCUAUCCACUCUCCUGUUGUCAGCGAAGGAAGGACAUCUGAGUUGGAGAACUACCCUCUCCCAGAGCGGAGGGAGUCGGUAGAGUCUUUUGAGCGACCCCUUAGUCCCCAAAGCCAGGACAGUGAGGACGAGCCUGAGAGCAGCCCGAUGUCAAGCAGGAAAACCAAUAAGAGUAGCAGAGCAAGUCGGUCUAGGAAGUCUUCCAGAAGAGGUACAACCCGGAAGCCCAGCAAGAUUGUCUCCCUCAUCAGGUCCUGCUCUUGGGGGAGCCGUCGGAGGAGCAAGAGCCGAGAGGUCAAGAUCCGAGGCAAAGGAAAGAAACGCUGAACAGACUCAAAGGGAGC